UUUUUAUUGCCUUCUGCUCCUCCUCCAGCCGGCCCCUUUUCUCCCCUUCGUCCCCCCUCAUAUUACUUUUGGUCUCUGUCCAUUCCAAGAAAUCCAACCAAGUCAUCCUACGUACCUCAUCAGACCGGUCUUACGCAUCGACGGGUGGUCAUGAAGCUGGUUGAAAGAUUUUUGGCGGCUUUCACUCGUCUGUUAGAGUUCGUCACCCUGUCCCCCUAUCAUCAUGAGGUGGCUCCUAGCUUCCAGCUCCCGCUGGCAGUUGACCACUACAAAGAUGUGACCGCUCUGCCGCCAGGCCCUAUUUUCACUCCUCCAGGCUACAACACUUCGGACGACUUCCAAUGCAACUACACUGCUAUGUUGGGCUGGACUCAAUGCUGGACUCCCGGGAAUCAUCUUGAUUGCUGGCUAACUUCACCGGAUGGGCUGACAAACUUGAGCAUUAAUACUAAUUAUGAGAACGUGAAGAACACCCCCUUUGGGGUUCACCGUUACUACGAGUACAAUGUGACCGCCGGCGCCGUGGAUGCAGACGGCCUCACCUUUCCCUAUGGUAAACUCCUCAAUGGGAGCUUUCCAGGCCCCUGGAUCCGUGCCUGCUGGGGUGACACAGUUCAUCUUAAAGUCAAUGUUGAUCCGGGCUUUUACCAGGGCGUGUCUGUGCAUGCACACGGAUUGAGGCAAUGGACCAAAAUGCACAUGGAUGGAGUUCCCGGUAUCACCCAAUGUCCGAUCGCCCCUGGAAGUAGUUUCGAGUACGUAUGGCCCACAACCCAGUAUGGCUCCUCUUGGUACCAUUCUCACUAUUCCCUCCAAUACCCGGACGGACUACAGGGUCCUUUGACCAUCCAUGGACCAAGUAGCAAGGACUACGACUACGCCCCCGCGCUGCCAUUGAUUCUCACUGACUGGAACCAUAACUCUGCUUUCAACGAGUCGAGCUUAAAACCCUGCAUUUUAUUGGGUGGAGUUGGAGACAUUACAAAAUGCUAUCCUGGCACGACCAACGAUACCGAAAUAAAAGGCCCGUUUAGGCUCUCAUUCCAAAAAGGUCAACGAUAUCUGCUCCGCGUAAUCAACACUUCUUAUAGAGCCGGAUUUACUUUUUCGAUUGAUAACCACGAGAUGUGGGUUGUCAGCGCCGACUUUGUCCCCAUUACGCCGUACAAUACCACCGCAAUUAGGGUGAACAUUGGCCAGAGAUAUAAUAUUGUCGUUGUAGCGAAUCCUAUCAACUCAUCAGAUACCAGCUUCUGGAUACGAACCUACCAGUCACCCUGCGGAUCAGUAGGCAUUCUCGGCCCUAACUACAUGAACACUGGUAUCAUCAACUACGACAAUUCAACCGGGCCCGAUCCAACCUCCACCCAGUGGCCAAAUGCACUGUCUAAAGAGUGUAAGGAUGAGCCUCUGCUCAACAUACAACCCAUCGUUCCUUGGAGCCCUCCUGGCCCGAGCAAUUCCGAUGUCCCGCGUAACAUCUCUAAACAUAGUCCCCUACCUGGCCUUCCCAAUCUCGUUUAUGCUAUAAACCCAAUCAAUUCCGAUUUUCAACCACUUCAGGUUCAGUGGGGGAAUCCAACUUUUACCAAUCUCCAAAAUACAAACUGGCCGAAUUUAUCAGUCAUUGUACCGGAAGACUUUUCUGCAGAAUUCAAUAAUGUAACCUCCUUCACCUCAAAAUGGAUUUAUCUCAACAUCCAAUCCGAUCAUCACUAUCAUCCAAUUCAUUUGCAUGGCCAUGAUUUUGCCAUUUUCAACCUCACCUAUUCCGAUAAUUCAGUUGAGCCUUGGGGUCCGUCCGUUCCCCGACGCGAUGUUUUCACAGUUCCUGGCGGAGGAUCCGCCACAAUCGCCUUCCCAGCAGACAAUCCCGGUGCCUGGCUUUUGCACUGCCAUAUCGCUGGACACGCAUCUUCCGGACUCGAUCUGCAGGUCCUCGAAGACCAGGUGGCGGCAAACGGCAUUUGGCCCAAGGGUAACUCUUCUGCUCUUGCCACGGCAAGUAGCCUUUGUACAUCUUGGUCAAGUUGGUGUACAGCCCAUCCGACCCCGUGUGCGACCCCGUGUGUUGAGACCGAUUCCGGAGUCUGAUACCGUUCUCUCGGCCAGGUCUGUCUAAUUGCUCGAUUCCGGCUCGCCAACAUUUACCCUCGUUUCUACUGACCUUCUAAUCCCAAUAACUACGAUCUUUACGAAGCUCAGAAUAUAUUGGCAGUUACGCAAUCACCGUUGGCACGACUGGUGGAAGUCCAACAUAUAGCUAGCACCGUUUUCUCGACAGCAAUAGAAAACUCAC